AUGAAUCUCCUGGGUGACCUGCUUCACUGUCACAUCCCAGAGGCUGACAAUCCUGAAGACCAGGACGCUCUCAACAUGCUUGAGGAUUCAAGGCUUGCCGUGGAGAGACUUCAAGACGCAGGCUACGAGAGGACCAAACCCUUGGCAGAUGGCGUGUGGAUUCAAACACAGACGGGGCUUAGUGAUGAGAUCGGGCCCCUGAAAGAAUGGCUCUUCUUCCUGCAGGUCAACGAAGACCUGCAGACGCUUGACGAACUUAAGGCCAGGCUGGAGGGCAAAUGGCCAGACUUGAAGGGAGAGAUUCCCGUAGUUUCCUGGCCACCUUCCAGGUCGCGGUGGGAAAGAAUUUUGGUAAAGCUUUAG